GGGGGAAAAACUUUAAUAAGCACUGCAUCACUCCAAGGACAACGCAGAAAAAGGAGAGUAGAUCGAUUCGCAUAUACUCUACACGCAGCGAUUUCAGGGAGAGAGAGAGAGAGAGAGAGAGAGGGAUGAGGCAACCAGCAGCGAGAUCAUCAGCAGCAGCCGUAAAAGGGGCAACGGCCCCGACUACGGUGACGGCCGCGACGACGACGACGACGGCGUGCUGCAGCAAGGUGGGUCUGAAGAGGGGGCCAUGGACGCCGGAGGAGGACGAGCUGUUGUCGAACUACAUAAAGAAGGAAGGGGAGGGGCGGUGGCGUACUCUGCCGAAGCGGGCUGGGCUGCUGCGCUGCGGGAAGAGCUGCCGCCUCCGGUGGAUGAACUAUCUCCGCCCAUCCGUCAAGCGCGGCCACAUCUCCCCCGACGAGGAGGAUCUCAUUCUCCGCCUCCACCGCCUCCUCGGCAACAGGUGGUCUCUAAUAGCUGGGAGAAUUCCAGGGCGUACAGACAACGAGAUAAAGAACUACUGGAACACUCAUCUCAGCAAGAAGCUUAUCAGCCAAGGGAUAGAUCCCAGAACUCACAAGCCACUCACCAAUGCUGCUGCUGCUACUACUACUACCACUAGUAUUAAUCAUCAUCAUGAGAACCCCUCUUCUUCUUCCAAACCCAAUAAUCGCGUCAUCAUGGAAAACCCUAACCCCAAUAAUCCUGCUGUUGCUACUGCUGCGGUCUUGGAAGAGCCGGCUACAGAUGGUAGUGGAGGAGUUCCUCUUCUUGCCAUGAGAAGUGCUCCUACUUCUGGCGACGAUGGCACUACUGGUGGGGGGCUGACCAAUUUACAGAUCAUCAAUUCUGACUAUCAAGUUUCUGCAGGGAUGAUAAUGGGUUUGAAUAUUGGAAACGCUAGUUGCAGCAGCAAUCAACAGGAUGAUGAUGAAGAAGAUGAUACUAUUAACUAUUGCACCGAUGAUGUGCUGUCUUCUUUCUUGAAUUCAAUUAUCAACGAGGACUUCUUCGAAAAUCAACACCAUGCCCAAAUUCAGCACCAUACUACUGUGCCUCCUUCUGCUGCUGCAGCUGCUGCUACUUUUGAUCCAUUGAUCUCCACUACUCAUCAGUCUGUUGCCUUUGGUGCCGGAUGGGAUGCCCCAAUCAUGUUCUCUUCCUCAGACCUCAACCAAACUCGUGAUCCCAAGCGCUUGAAUUAAUCAUCCCCUCCAACAACAACCACUUCUGAUCAAUAUACCACCGUGCUCCUUCCUGACGCAUGGAGAUAGUUAGUAAUUGAUCACCAAUAUAUGCAUAAACACCUAUAUAGAUUAUAUAUGCGCUAGGGUUUGCACCAUUUUUAUUUUAUUAAUGUCUCUUGUCACGCAGUUUCCUUGCAUUUCUUUGGUUUCUUCUACAUUAUUGUUAUUGUGUUAUUUGUGGCUACACGUUGUUGUACUGUAAAAUGGAAAAAACAAAAAAAACCAUAAAUAUAUCUUUUUUUUUUUUUUUA